UAAAUUGAAAUGCACAUGCCCACAAUCCGUCAGUCACAACAACCUUAAAAUGGCUCUAUCUAAUCCAGUGUUCCUCUUGAGUGCUUCAAUCUUCCUGACAAUUGGUUCAUGGUCAGACUCAUGUCAAGCCCUGCCAGCUCAAUGCCAAGAUACCCUCCCUUGGGGUGAGAAAUGCCCCACCGAUGCGCCCAACACAGCCAUCACAUAUCCCGAUGAAGACCAUUGCUCGCGGUACUGGGAGUGUUUCAAUGGGUGUGCGCAGAACUUGCAAUGUGGACAGAACUAUCUCUACGAUGCCAUCCAUGGUUGGUGCAAUUAUCCUCAGGAUGUAAUCUGCGGUGAUCGGGAUUGUGACGGGCUUCCAUGCAAGGAACCCCCGGUCACGGAGCAUCCGAGUGAUUUCACGUGCCCUCUAUUAGACGGCUAUUUUCCUGAUCCUCUGAACUGCAUCAAGUACUAUCACUGCAUGGGGGGCUUUCCCAAUCAUAUUACGUGUCCAGUUUCAAGUAUCACUGGACAACAAGAAUAUUAUGAUGCCCAAGCCAUCGCUUGCGAUUACCCAGAGAGAGUCCAAUGUGGAUCUAGGCCCAUUUGCGAUGCAAACGAUGACAAUUGUAAUGGUAGCCCCGGAUCAACCGUGUCACCAUUGGGAGAUUGCGACUUAGUGGGCUGUCCCAAUGGAUCAGGGCCGUAUCCGAAAGGGCCCUGUGAGCGAUGUUUCUGUCAAUGCCAAGGUGAUGACCUCGUUGGAGAUGAGAUCUGCUGUCCCAUUGGAUACCAUUUCAAUCCUGCCACUGACCAAUGCAACCUGGCCAGCGCUAAUCCUAAUUGUUGAAUAAUUAUUUCAUACUUAAGUGACCUAUUUUGAGCGGGAGAUUAGAAGUACAAUACUGUUUUAUAUAUCCUGAGAAGAUCGGGGCCCCUGAGGUUGAGGGUUGCUCGUGGAUUGGAUCUGAUUUUACGAAAAGUCUCUUUUUUAAAACUCAUAUGAUGGUUUCAAGUGUGUUUUUUACGUCUAACGUCUCCAACACACACGCUGGUCAUGUGUAAGUCAUGUGAUGCAUAUCUAUGAAGAUCAUAUCUCAACCAUGGUGAUGAAUAAAGCAAUCAUAGUAGAAUAAUUUA